AUUAUAACGCAAUCGCAAUCGCAAUCGCAAUCGCAAUCGCAAUCGCCCCCGCGUUUCCAUCAAUCAGAAGGGGGAAUAAUAAUACUUUCUUCUCAACUUCGAUUCUGAUUCAUUCAACGAAUUGGUGCUUUAUUCAGCAAAUCUCAGUAGCCAAGAACAGAAGAACACAUACCAUGUCACUGCUGAGGUUUCCCAUCUCUAUUAGACGCCGGACUGCACAAGCCCUGAGUCAGCUUAAACGUUUUCACACUUCGAACCAUGUGAGAAAUGCAAACUCAACAAAACCACGUCUGUUGCCUGAGCAAACAACAAGUUCAACCACGGCUUCAUGGAAUCCUUUCAUCGUACCGGCUGCUGUACUAGGAGGGAUUGGUGGGUUGGUACUACUUUUCCAUUACAACGAUGAGAGAAGAGCAAUUCCCAAAGGCCAGGGUGGAAAGCUUGAGAGACGAAAUGUUGAAGGGCCUAGAAUAGGUGGUCCUUUCUCUCUAAUUGACACAGAAGGUCGAAGAGUCACUGAAAAGGAUUUUUUGGGUAAAUGGGUCAUAUUCAUCUUUGGAUAUUCGUCAUCUCCAGAUGUUGGGCCAGCAGAGUUGCAGAAAUUGACUAAAGCAGUCCAGACAUUAGAAUCGAAAUACAACAUUAAGGUGCUACCAGUUUUUGUCACAAUUGAUCCUCAGCGGGACACUACUUCCCAGUUGAAUGCUUACCUUAAAGAAUUUGACGAGAGAAUUAUUGGAUUAACUGGACCAGUUCAUGCCAUAAGAUCGAUGGCGCAGGAAUAUCGUGUGUAUUUCAAGCGGGUUGAAGAAGAAGACGGCGAUUAUCUUGUUGAAUCCUCCCAUAAGAUGUACUUGCUGAAUCCAAGGAUGGAAGUAACAAAAUGCCUUGGGAUAGAGUACAAUGCUGAAGAACUGGCUGAUGAGAUAUUGAAGGAGGUGAACAAAUCAUAACUUCUUU